AUGUCACAAUCGGCAAGACUAGCAGAGGCAGAUCAAUGCGAGAAAAAGGCUGCCGAAUGUUUGAAAACCUCGAUGAUCAAACUGAAAUUCAAUCCCGACUAUGACGGUGCUGCCACGGCUUUGGAGAGAGCAUCAGUCUGUUAUAAGAACGCCGGGGAUCCGAAAAAGGCAGCAAAAGUGCUUCAAGAUGCGGCAGGCUAUUAUGAGCAAACGAGGAAUGGGUUUCAUGCCGCAAAGGCAAGAGAAAAUGCAGCAAUAUUGCUACGGGAUGCUGGCGAUACGACGGCCGCUUUCACAUUGCUUGAACAAGCCAUUAACGGUUAUGCUGAAUGCGGAAGUAUGGAUACCGCAGCUUUGUCAAUUGAUCGAGGAGUGAAAUUGGUGGAGAAGGAUCAGCCUGAAAAAGCGAUAAUGCUUUAUGAACGUGGACUUGAAUUAGUGCAGCAAAGUGAUCGCUCGAAAAUGGCUGGAGAAUUUCUUACAGGAAUUACGAAAUUGAGCCUUCGAUUAGAAGAUUACCCUCGAGCAAUACGAUCGAUUCGUAUGGAAAUUGAAAAAUAUGCAGAAGUUAAAGAAUCACUUCGUAUUGGUCAAUUAGCGCUCGGCGCUGUUCUUGUACAGCUAGCUCGUGAAGAUUAUGUUGCAGCACUAAAAGAAUACGCUUGGGCUAUUCAGCAGUGUCCGGACUUUGAACGAACAGACGAUGCCGCGGCGUGUCAGAGUUUAAUUGCGUCAUAUGAAGCUGGUGAUGAUAGCGCUUUCCAGAAUGCCCUCCGGCGUGGAAAUGUGAGAUCAAUGGAUAAUGAUUAUCUUCGCCUUCAAAAGAAGUUGAAAGUUCCGACAGUUGUACGCUCAGAAGGCGGAUUAGAGGAAGACGAUGAUGAUUUGCGA